AUGCGCGCUGGCUUUCUGGAUUACUUUCGGAACAUCUCAUCGGUUACAGUCCCAGCCACCGAGAUGAUCGCCAUCGAAUUCAAUUUGAAUCGUACAGAAUCCAUUCUCUCCCUCACAGUCUACACACUCGGGCUUGCCUUAGGCCCUCUCCUUAUUGCACCUCUAUCAGUAGCGUUAGGGAGAAGAUGGGUCUACAUCAUUACUUCCUCAACUCUCCUCAUUUUCACAGGAGGUGCGGCAGCAGCAAGAAAUUAUGCAACUCUGCUGGUUUGCCGUUUUCCAGCAGGAUUUCUAGGCUCAGCAGGGGUUGCAAUCGGAGCCGGAACCUUGGGUGAUAUCUGGGCCUUUGGAAAGGUAGAAGGCUUGGUCUCUUUGUGCUUCAUUCUGGGGCCAUUCUUAGGCCCUAGCCUCGGACCUCUCGCGGGUGCCUACAUACUACACGAUCACAACAACAACUGGAGGUGGACCCAAUACCUUCUCCUUAUGAUCGGGGGGCCGGUCUGGUUGGGAACUGUGCUCAUGCGGGAAACUUCUAAAAGUUGGAUCCUGAAAAGCGCCAGGAAGAACACUCAAGAGAACAAAAUAGCCGAUCAUCAUGGGUCAUUCAAAAAGAUUACACCAGUUGUGGCUCGGCCUGUGAAGAUGCUGUUUACAGAAGUGAUCGUUCUCUCUUUGACCAUUUAUACUGCUUUCGCAUAUGCAAUGAUCUUCGCUUAUUUUGGUAGUGCCUCAUAUGUUCUGCAGCUGGAGUAUGGGUUUUAUUUGCGCCAGGUGGGACUUGGCUUCAUCAGCGUGAUGAUCGGAUAUCUUAUGGCAUUGCUUAUGUUCAUCAUUAUUGACAAAACUUUGUACGCAAAGGCCUUGGAGGCUGCAGGUGGGGUUGCAGCUCCCGAGCAUCGGCUGUAUGCAGCAAUGGCAGGAAGCGUUCUUUUGCCUAUUGGCUUGUUUUGGUAA